ACACGUGCCUAAAAUAACUUUAUAGAGUUUCGCGCGCGAAUCUCUUUCUUUCUUUCUUCUCUGCAAAUCUCUCUCUCUCUCUCGCUUCGCCUUUCCUCCAUUAUCGCUCUGCUCUCCCCUUCAAGAAUCUCAAGUCAAAAAUGCUCGCCGUCUUUCAUAAAUCCCUGGCUGAACCGUCUGUCAAACUGAUGGGAGCGGUGGUGUUUGAGAAUCCUCCGACGGAGCAGUCCGAGGAAACCAUGAAAGAGCUGUCACGUCUCUUCAAAGACGAGCACCACGACCCCAUGGCGAUACACUUGCUUCCGUAUUGCAUUCUCAAUACUGCGCUUGAUCAUCAAUCCGUGGUUACUCCAAGUGUUUUAACGGUUAAAGACGACGUCGUUUGUCUCUUCCGAGGAACUUUUGAGAACAGAGCGGAAAUUGCGACUUUGUAUAAACUUCCGACACCAAAAAACGAUUCUGCUGUUGUGAUCUGGGCUUACAAUAAAUUUUGUAAUCAAGAGGACGAGACAGAAUGGCUUGACGCAGUUAAAGGGUUCAAAGGCGGUUUCUCAUUCGUCAUGUAUGAUGCCAAGAAGAAAACCUUAUUUGUCACUUCGGGUCUUGAUGGCAUUCCAUGUUUCUGGGGACUUGGACCACAAGGAACCAUUCUCUUCUCUUCUUGCUUGGAGAUAGCGAGCACAAAGUGCGAGAGUUUCUAUGGACAAUUACCCAAAGGCUGUUACUAUGCUAGUGGAAAAGGUUUAAGGAGUUUUGAGAGUCCAGAUGUUGUGUUGAAGGCUCAGUUUGUACCACCAGAUAACCAAUAGAAGGCCUAAUCUGCACCACCAGAGAAGCUAUAUAUCUUGCCACUAUUCACUAGACCUUUUUUUUUUUUGGUCAAAGACCCCAAUAUAAACAUAGUAUGAUUUUUUUGUGUUGUUAAAGGUUCAAAUAUUCAGUGUUUUUUUUCUUUCCCUUUUCUUCUUUUUAUAGAAUUUCUUUCAGUAGAUAUAUUCUCAGCUAUAGUAAAAAGUUCUAUUUGACAAGAAAAGGCUAAUACAUAUAUAAAUAUCAUUCAAAUUUAGAAACGAAGUGACAUGAAUUUGAAACCCAAAUUUGAAUCCUUGAAAAAAGAAUUCUGAAUCCUACACAAAUGAAUUAAAAUUAAAACAUCGCUAAGCAAAUAAAAAAUCCGAAUGUUAACAACUUUUUUGCACAAAUGUAAUUUAAAUUUAAAUUUUUAUUUCUACAUUUGGCCUAGGAAAACACCUAGCCAUAUACUAAAACACAUAAAAGAUAUAAACUUAGACCCAAAAAUGGAAUAAUGAAUAGCUAUGAUGAUAGAUAGU